UAUUGACGUUUGUGGUCACAAAACAACUAAAAUCUUAUCUGUGGUUUGAAAACGAAAAGAAAAUCUGCGUACAAAAUAUUACAGCAAAAUUUAAUUGACGAAUUCCAAUUUUUCCUUUAGUGCAGUUGCAAUUCACAAACUCAUUUUGGUAAAUCGGUAAAAAUGUUAAGGCUACGCCCCAAGCCCGAGAGUGAUAGCUCCAGAGAAUGGAGUUGCUGCUUCUGUUUCCAUGUGCGCACUGGCACUGUUCUGCUCGGCAUAUGGCAUCUGAUGCUGCAUUUAGUAGCACUGGGAUUUUUGGCUGCGAUAACGCGCGAUCCGAGGCUGCUUGAAGAGUUUGAGCAGGACUCGCUUGCAAUAAGCCGUAAUACACCGUUUGGCACACACGGGACUCGCGAUCACAACUUGGUGUACCAUGACAUAGAUGUAGGCGCUCUCGUCACCAUUUGCACGCUGGCAGUAACACUGAUGCUGAUAUACGGAGCUUCCCGCGGCAAGCCGACCCAUCUGCUGCCGUUCUUCUGUCUGCAAAUAUUCGACUUUGCUAUCACUGUUCUAACCGUGACAGGCUACCUGUGCUACCUGCAGUCCAUCCACCGGCUGGUGCAGGAGACCAAGCGCGUGCCGUGGCGCGAGGAGCUGCUGGCGCUGCCUCCGGCCGCGUUGGCGUUAAUCGUGCUCAGCUUCUUCAUGACUGCUGUGUUGCUCAAGGUAAUCAAUACAUCAUCAGUGACGGUGACGCUACCUGUGCUACCUGCAGUCCAUCCACCGGCUGGUGCAGGAGACCAAGCGCGUGCCGUGGCGCGAGGAGCUGCUGGCGCUGCCUCCGGCCGCGUUGGCGUUAAUCGUGCUCAGCUUCUUCAUGACUGCUGUGUUGCUCAAGGCGUACUUCAUCAGCAUUGUGUGGCGGUGCUACAAGUACUUGACGAUCCGAAGCCACGGCCUCGACCGACUCUCGCCCUUCGUGAUCUCUACCGACGGAGUGGUGGUGCCCCCCGCACCCGCCUACUCCGGCCCGCCGCCCGCGCCCGACUACUCCAGCCUGCUGCCCGACUACGAGGAGGCCGUCAAGCAGACCCCGCCGCCCUCCUACCGCGCCGCCACCCUCAUGACCGCCGACCCCGCCAACGCUGCUGAUCCGAACCAGGCUGCGAAGGAGGACAACCAGCCGCAAGUCACCAACACGAUGGUAAUGCUGCCCCCGAACGGCGCGCAGGCUCGCGUGUAAAUGUCUCGUAUAGCACCGCGGCACUGAAGGUUUCCAUUGAUACCACUGCUUUUAAACGAAAGGGUCACUAAAUUAUAAAUUUAUCAUCAUCAUUAUUAAAUAAUACCUACUCUUUUUCUACUUAUGUGCGACUAGAGGACGCUACUUUAUGUGAAAUUUAGUUUUUCAGAAAUGACGCUUCAACGAAGAAUUUUUCCGUGAUAAAAAGUAAUUUAUUUGUUGAUCCAGGGUAUAAAUCUAUUCAAAAUUUCAGCCAAAUAUAUUCAGUAGAAUUAGCGUCAAAAAGCAACGACCAUAAACACAAACUUCAGCUUUUAAAUAUAACGUUAAGAUAUUUCUCUCAAUUACCAUCUGGUGAAUUUCGUGACACCUAAAACUAUUAUUAUUUAAUUAAUUAUUAUUAUUAUAAAACAACCAACAUUUAUUUAAUGUGAUUUGAAGUACUGAUAAUAAAUAUACCAAAUUGCAUAUUCAGACUUUUAAGUCAGCUAGCUCAAAAUUACGUUUUCAGCUUCCCUAAUAUUUUCCGUAUCAUAGGUAAAAAUUAGGGAAGAAAAUAUAGGUAUCGAAUGGUAGCAAAGAUUUAAAGUGCUGUCUUCAUAAAAAGUGUUUUUAAUAUUAAUAAACAAUUUAUUGUGUCAACCUUUCGUUUCAAUGCAGUAAAAUCCCAAAUAAUCCUUUGAUUCAAAGUUCUAUUCAGCACAUACAACGUAUAAAAUGACUGAUGGUCUCUUUAUGAAUGUAAACUUUGAUUGUGAAAUAUAAAUUGAAAAGUUUUCAAAACCGUUAAUUUCCAAUUGCCUACAAUUUAUUGAGAAUUUGUUUUUAAUUACGAGUAUGGCGAGAAACGUGAAUGUCGAAUUUUAGAAAAUUUAGAAUUGUACACUUUGACGGUUUAUUUAUUAGAUUUUCAUGUGAUUUAAGUAUCAAAAAGUAUUUGUUAUCAAAAAAUGAUAUAUACCUUCAAAAACUGAUCAAGCUUAUUAUCAGUGCACAAUAUAUUACAUAAUAUUUGUCCGUAUUUGAUUGACGGAUAGUUUGCUUAAAAGUGAACAGCUUUUCGUGGAAAAUUAACAUCGAAUAAUAAUAAUUCAUAGUAAUUCAUGAUACACACAUUUUUUCGAUAUUUUCUGCGAAAUCCUGUCCAAACUCUUGAUCCAACAAAAUCCCUCGAAGUUUUAAACCCAAAGGUGCUCCGAUUUUCGGAUCGGACGUUGACUCAUUCGCGGAAAAUAUCGAAUUAUUAAAAACUUCGUAAAUAGAGUACCUACCUGGUCUAAUAAUACAUAUACAACAAUUUAAGAUUUCCAACGUUCUGCCUCCAACAUUAGGUGCAAGAAAGUCUGUCAGUUUUAAAAAGGCCUAAGAUCACAUUCUUCAUAACUGAAUGCGGAAGAGGAAAGGCUUAAAGUAAACAGUUCCUACCAAUCGGAUAGUUUGUAAGCCAGAAAAGAUAGAUUGUAAACGUUUUACUUAUUGUAUAGUAUGCGCCGAACUUCUAGUCCACUCUGAAGUUGCAACACGCCGAACUGCACUGGUAUUGUAUUCUACUUACCGAAACCAAAUCACAUCGCUUAUUUGCUAAUAGUCUUUUAUUACUCUACAGAGGUGUAACUAUAAGAAGUAAGUAUUACGCCCGAUUGGCAUGCAAAAUAUUAUUAAUCUAUACUAAUAUUAUAAAGAGGUAAAGUUUGUAAGUUUGUAAGUUUGUAAGUUUGUAACAAUUUUUUGAAAUGGGGUAAUCUUCGGAACUACUGGACCGAUUUUAAAAAUUCUUUCACCAGUAGAAUGCUACAUUAUCGGGGAGUGCUAUAGGCUAUAUUUUAUAUUUCUAUCAUAUAUACCUACUGAGAUAUCGCGGGUUUUCUCUUACAGGUCGGACUGAAAAACUUACUUAUUCGCAUGCGCUGCCUCAACCAUUGCGUAUAACUGAAAUAAAUGUAUGGAGGCUUUUUGAACCUUUAAAAGUUCUACAAAAAAGUCCGCGACACCAUAUAUCUAUCUUUUAUAUUUUAGCAGAUAUAGUACCUUUAGUACUUUAAUAAAUUAUUUAAAUUUUAAACUAAGGUUUACGUCAUUAUUUACACAACUAAACUUAAAACCUUAUCAAAAUAAAUGAUUUAAUAAUCACAAGGAUAUUAUAGAGAUAAGAUUUGCCCUUUACAGUAUGUUAAUUAGUUAUAUAGUUUCGGAGAUAAUACAAAAUUUCUGAAAGUCGCAGAAAUGCCGCUAUAUGACGCCCCGCGGUUUCAAUUACGUGGUUCCCGUUCCCGUAUGAAUAUGAGGACCAAACAUAGCCUAUGACACUCGCAAAUAAUGUAGCUUUCUAUUGGUAAAAGAAUUUUCCAAAUCGGUCCAGUAGAUCCAGAGAUUACCCCCGACAACCACACAAACUUUACCUCUUUAUAGUAUUAGCAUAGAAGUCGCUUGGGAAAUUAUAGUCUUUUGGUCAUUGCACCACGCACAAAAGGCUGGACCAAUUUUGCUGAGGGUAGGGAUAGGGUAGAGGUAGGGAAGGGGUAGGAUAGAGGUAGGGUAGGGGUAAUUUAGGGAAAGUAUAGGGUAGGGUAGGGUAGGGUACGGAUAAAGUAGGGGUAGUGUAGGGUAGGGGCAAGGUAGAGGUAGGGGAAGGAUAUGGAACGUAUAGGGUAGGGGAGGAGUAGGAUAGGGGUAGGGUAGGGUAGGGGUAGUGUACGGGUAGGGAAGGGUUAGGGUAGGGAUAAGGUAGGGGUGAAUCUGUCACCCACCGGAGAUAAGUCCUCGAGUCGUUAACGCUAUCAGUGUUUCCUAAGCGAUCUUAAUAAAACUACAGGAGAGCUCAAUUUACGAGUGUCGCUGGCUGGGUUGCGGUAGUUUACGAAAUGUUCCCGUGGCUCAGUCAUCAGGCGGCGAGUCGGAACACCGUGGGGUUUUAGUCGGUUGAAGUCCGACAUAACCUUCUUGCCUCCCCGUGGCGAGAAGGUAUCCAUGAGGAUUUCCCCACGUAAAAAAAAAAAAAGGGAUAAGGUAGGGGUAGGGAAGGGUUAGCGGUAGGGUAGGAGUAAGGUAGGGGUAGGGUAGGGGUAGAUUAGGGGUAGGGUAGGAUAGGGUAUGGAUAGGUUACGGGUAGGGUUAGGGUAGGGUAAGGUGAGGGGAGGGAAGGGUUAGCGUUAGCGGUAGGGUAGGAGUAAGGUAGGAGUAAGGUAGGGGUAGGGUAGGGUAGGGUAGGGUAGGGUUGGGUAGGUUUACGAGCAGGGUAAGGUAGAGGUAGAGAAGUUUACAUCAAUUUUUACGCGGACGAAGUCGCGGGCGUCCGCUAGUUGAUUAUAUUUAUUUAUCAUUAAAAAAUCAAAUCCACCAUAAUAAUGGUGGAUUUGAUAAUUAAUAAUAAUGGUGGAUAAUUAAUAUCAAACAAGAAAUUAAUUUGAAUACAAUACUGAAAUUAAACAGUAAACUGGAAACUGUUACAGUUAUUAAAUUUAUUCAUGUUACAGAACGCAUUAACCGAGGAAUCUAAUUAUUUUUAAAAUACCGGUGGAAUAUGUAUUACACUCCACGUGUUCAGAGCGGACACGAAGUUUGGCGCAUACUAUUCCUAUGGUACUUGGUUCGGUUAUCGUAUAUUUACCUACCUACAAACCUAUAACGUAAUACCUAUUUCCAUUUAUAACGUCUACUGAAGAUAGAACUUAAUAAGAUUUAAGUAUAUUGGUAAUUUCAUCAGUACAUUUAUUCAGUAGAUAUCUGGGUGUUUAUGAUUGAAAUAAAUCUGUAGUGACGUGCAGUAUAUAGCGUUUGUAGUUAAAUAUCGAAAUAUUAAAGUUUUCUUAAGUGUAAGUUCAUUAAAUAUUUUAAGACGGUGCCAUUAGAUGGCAUUUUUGGUGUUUAAAUUUUUUUCUUAAUUAAUAUAAUAAUAGGCGAGUGUUUACUUCUUGGUGAUACAAUGGAUAUAAAUAACAAAUACCGACCAUAUUUCAAACAUCGCUGGGCCCAGUUACUACAAUGUCCAAAUUAGUGUAAUUUAUUAAAUAACUAGCGGACCCGGUCAAGCUUCGCUUUGACUUAUGUGCAAUUCUUCCUUACCCCUACCCUACCCCUACCCUACCCCUAGCCUACCCCUAACCUACACCUACCCUACCCUACCCCUACCCUACCCCUUGACUCUUAAACGUUUGUAUGGGAAAUAGAAAAGGGUCGUUUUUAUGGUUUUCCCGGCAAUUAAUCAAAUUUUUCUCACCUUUUAAACCUUCCCUAUACCUCCACAAACAUUUCAAGACCAAGAUAAGAAAAAGCCGUUCUCGAGUUUUAGCGAGACUAACGAACAGCAAUUCAUUUUUAUAUGUAUAGAUAAUAACAGUUUUAGACUGGUUUAAUUUCAGUUUAUUGACAGUACAUCUAGAUAACCAAGUACCUAUAUUAUAAAAAGCACGAAUUAAAAAAAAUACCCAUUUUAAAAAAAUGUGAAUUCAAAUAAUUUUUGAUAAAUUUAAAUUAAUAUAAAAUCAAGGAUUUUUCGUAUUUUUUUUAUGUGCUGGGCCCAAAGUGGUCGGUCUCCUUUGAUUAUUUUAGUAUUUUCGUUAAUCAUCAAUUUGGGUGCACAAAUAUAUUUUGUGUUCAUAUUUUCUUUUUAUUAUACAUAAAAAUAACAACACUGUGCCAUUUCUUUUCGUUAUCUUAUUGUAUCUAAUUAUUUUAAUAUUUUCGACAUUUUUAUUUUGUAUAGAAUAUUUUUUCUAAUGAAUACAUUCCAAGCAUUGAAAUGUUUCACGAAAUUCAUAUUUCUUUAUAAUAUUUUAACAUGUUUCAUAUAAUUAUGGUGGCAUAUGUAUAAAUAGACCGAAUAAUUGCUUCUAUAUUGCAGUCACGUCAUAUGCCCUUUGAAAUAUGCAGUUUAAUAUAUUAUUUAUAUUAUAAUAACAUUGUUUAAAUUUAUUAUAUAACAUUAUAAUAUAUAUAAAUAGUAUAUAUGUAUAUGUGGGCGUAGAUAUUAUAUAUUUUAACAAACUUUAAAUAUUCAUAUUAAAUAGUAAACUUUCAUAUUUUUCGAAAAAUUUUCGCUUUCCUGUAGUUUUUAUAUUAAUACUUAAAAUUAUAUUUUGCGUCCAAGGUACAAGGAAAAUAUUCAACAUUGUGAUGAAAAAAUAUAUAUAAUAUGAACAUACUUCAUUAAGUACGUUCAAAUAAAGUUACAAGGAGCGGAUUUUUACGAAAAAUUAAACUUUAACACUUAGAGGCUUUAAAAAGCUUAUUGAAAUUAUUGGUUAAUAACAAAAUGGUAUCAAAGAAAAAUUAAAGAGUCGUAAAUUUAAGAAAUAAUUAAAAUGUUAUUAAGGAGAAGGUUCACUUUAUCCAAAAUCUUUAUCUUGAUGCCAAAAUGCUGCCAAAUGAACCUAAAAUAUAAAUUUUGUUUCUGGCCACUUAGCUAAAUUAAUUAUUUGGUGAAAUAAUGAAGUACAAUUUAGUACUUCAUUAUUUUACCAAAUAAUCCUUCUGGGUUUUUAUAUGUACCUUUAGAACUUAUAAACUCAAAAUAGUGAAAUUAAACCAAAAAAUAUAAAUGAUUGAAGGACGGCCUAAUUGCUAUGUAGAUAUAUAUUUUUAUGGUUAGUAUUAUUAUGGCUGAUUUUAUUUUCAAACUGUUACUUAUAUUAACCAUUUAUUUCGUUGUACUUACCUGUUUGUAUGCUACUGUAUAUGUUAUUAUAAUUUUUAUAUAAACCAUGGAUCGUCUAAAUCAUGUUAUAAUAAUAGAUAUAGACGGUAGGUACCUACCUAAUUUGUGUCUGUAAAUGAACUAAAAAUCUGUGUGUUUAAGUAAAUUAUUAACAAUCAUGUAUAUUUAAUAUUUUUAUUCUUAAAUAAAGUACCUAUAGACGUCGAUAA